GUAACCAGGGACGACCGGGCAACACCGCGGCCGCGCCGGCGCCCGGCCCAGCGCAGCUCGCGCCGCGGCGCUCGGAGAGGGCGGCGGCCGACGGACGGCUGGGCCUGCCCAGCGGCUGUCCCGCGUCCCGGGCCCCGCGCCGCGCCCAGGGCGGCCCAGGCGCCGCCAGCCGCGCAGCGCAGCGCAGCGCCCCGGAGCCCCGCGCCCGGGCCGCGCGGGCACGGCGCAGACAAAGGCGCGGCCGGGGCUCGGCCCAGCCCGGCUCGCCGGCCUCCGCGCGCCCCGCCCCGGCCGCCCCGGCCCGCGCCCGCCGAGUCGCUCCCUCUGAGCGUCCCGCCGGGGUCCGGCCCGGGGGCGGGGGCCGCGGCCGCCGAGGAUGGGGAAAUCCAACAGCAAGUUGAAGCCCGAAGUUGUGGAGGAGCUGACCAGGAAAACCUACUUUACGGAGAAAGAAGUCCAGCAGUGGUACAAAGGCUUCAUCAAGGACUGCCCCAGCGGGCAGCUGGACGCGGCGGGCUUCCAGAAGAUCUACAAGCAGUUCUUCCCGUUUGGAGACCCCACCAAAUUCGCCACGUUCGUGUUCAACGUCUUUGACGAGAACAAGGAUGGUCGGAUCGAGUUCUCGGAGUUCAUCCAGGCGCUGUCGGUGACCUCGAGGGGGACGCUGGACGAGAAGCUGCGGUGGGCCUUCAAGCUGUAUGACUUGGACAAUGACGGCUACAUCACCAGGAACGAGAUGCUGGACAUUGUGGACGCCAUUUACCAGAUGGUGGGGAACACGGUGGAGCUCCCGGAGGAGGAGAACACCCCCGAGAAGAGGGUGGACCGGAUCUUCGCCAUGAUGGACAAGAACGCCGACGGGAAGCUGACGCUGCAGGAGUUCCAGGAGGGCUCCAAGGCAGACCCCUCCAUCGUCCAGGCGCUGUCCCUCUACGACGGGCUGGUAUAGUCCAGGCCCAGAGCUGGGAUGCCUGGGAACCGCCCGAGUCCUCCCGUGCCACAAGGCCGCCUCGGCCCUGACACCGCCCUCCUGUGUCCACCCAGCCUUUCUCCGCGCCCACACCCGGCCGGGCUGCCUCGGACGGCGAGGCCCCUCCGCCCCCCCGCCCUGCACCCACCCGCCGCCUGAAGCCACUGGCUCCGAUUGCCAACAACCUCUGCUUGUCCAGAAAACAACAUGAAACGGAAAAGGCUCCAGCCCUCUGCAAAACCAAGGACUCAGCUGCUUCGUGGGCAGCAGCCGGCCCCCAGAUCCCCCGCGCGUGUGCUUUUGUUUUUUUAUUUCAAACAGACAUUGAGAAAAAAAAAACCCACGUCCUUCUAUUCUAGAAGAUUCAGACUGACAGAUGGGAAGAAGGCCUCGCGGACCUCGGAGAACUCUGCUUUGUCCUUCCACCACCAGAGAGGCCACGGAAGUCACGGCCUGGCUGCGGGUGGGCUCGCGUGUCCGGGGCUGCCUGGUGGACGUUACAUGUCGACCUGCCUUCGAGCCACCGACCACCUGCCCGUCCCGGAGGGUCAAUCGUGAUGAUGAUGACGAUUUUCUCUGAUAACAGUAUUGUGUUUUUUGUGGGGAAAGUGAGCUUUGUUUUUUUAUAUACAUAUGUAACUGAUACCUGUUAUUUAUUGGUCGUUAACUGUUGCUGCUGCCUCUGUGUCCGAAGCUCCAGGGAUGCGUGGUCCACCGUCUGUGUAGGUGGUACUCACCCGCCUGCCCCCGUGCCUGGGACGACGGUGGCCAGCAGCGGCCAAGAAGCCAAAAACUUUCUUUUUUUUUUUUCCUCCAGAUACUGUGCUUGAUGUUUGGAGAGGGGAAAGGUGGGCUUCUUAACUGGCUGAUGCACUGUUCCCUCCAGCCUGGAAUGCCCCUCCUUCCACCCCUUUCCUCUGCUCCCUGUCCACGCCCUGCCUGUCCUGGGUCUUCUUCUGGGUCUACGACAUCUUUUCUGAGGAUGCACGGGGGACAUCUUCCCGUCUCUCAGCUCCUGCUUUGGUGUUUGUGGCAGCGCAGGGAAUGGAGGGGCUCGUCCUGGGGCCGGGAGCCAGGCAGGGGGUGGGUACGGAGGGAGGAGGGAGGAAGUGAGCUUGCGAAGACCGGGUGGGUUUGGAAAAUCGUCAGCCCCUCCCUUCUUGCUUGUCUGCUUGUCUGCCUGGCCCGCACGCUGGGAGGGGGGCGAGAAGGGUGCCGGUCAUCCUGUCCGGGUGGCAGCCGCUCCUCCAGGCCGUGUCCCACCUGUGCUCAUAGGAAGGGUGUUAGCUUUGUCCCCAGAAAGGACGGCCCCAGCACUGCCAGCAGGGAAGUCAGACGGCCAUGGACCCCAGGCUGGGAGCCCGAGGCUGGCUGUGGCUCUGAGUUGGUGGGCCGCCCCCUGCCCUCUCCGGGCCCCAGCUGCCCGGUGGCAGAGCCGGGGGGCCUGGCUGACUGACGUGGAAUGCCCCCUCCACUCUGACAUCAUAAAAUUCUAAGUCUGAAUUCCCUGCACGUGGUGAUUCGGUGGUCUGUGGCUGUGAGUGCCAGACCCCAGCAGACACGGGGACCGUCUGAGUCACUGUUCUGUCUCUUGUCACACGUCUUGGAGGACAUGGCAGCUGCUGGUUGUGGUGUGUGGGGUCAGACGACACACCGUGUCCCUCCCUGCAGUGCUUCCUGGCCCCUCCUGGACUCUCGGGCUGUCUUUUUGGCCCAGAACUGGUCCUCACCCAGAGGAGGUGGCUGGGGUGACAAGCAGCCCCCCAGACUAUUUUGGGCCUGAGUCUAGAAUUCCUGCAGCGACUCUGCAAAGCCAGCGGCCUGUCGCCUCCCUGCGCCUCCCAGCCCCGGAGCUGGCGGCGCUGGCCUCGCUCCCACUUUGAAUUGCCCUUGGUCUCCACUUUGCACUUUCCCAGGAGGCCGGAGCUUCUCCUGCUGAUUAGCCCCCAGACCACGGACCCUCCCCAGAGGACGCCCUUUGAGAGAGGUUUCUGCCGGUGGGGCUGCACCCCGAACCCGAGCGCCCACCCUUCUUGCACGUGCAGGCCCUUUGGCUGCACGAUGCCCCCACCCUAAGCCCCCCAGAUCCUGUGGGGACAGGAGCAGCAGGUCCACAUUCACAGGUGACUUUGAAGGCUGGGCUCUUCGCAGCCCCUGCGGUCACCUUUCUGCUCAGGCCACUGGCCCAGGAGGCCCAGGACUCACCUCCAAGUUGUGCAGUUCCUUCACCUGGCUCUGACCUGAGACCCUACAAACUUGGCCACUUGGGGUCAGACGGGAGGAGAGAGGGGCCCUUCCCGGGUCAGGUGGCUCUCUGGCCUCUGCCUGAGCCUUGGCUGCUGCUCGGGUCCAGCAGAGGGGAUGCUGAUGGACAGCCUGUCCCGGGAGAGGCGUCAUGGGAGAAGGACUGUGGCUGAGCGUCCUCCACAGUUAAUUCAGCAUGUGGGCCCCUCAGGCCGAGGCCUCAGUUGACUGACUGGCAGACAUCCACAGAGCGUCGGCAGGCAGGGCCUUGCGGGUGGUGGCUUGGCCUUUUGGUUUGGAGCCUGGGGCACGCCUUUUGGCCUUAGCCGGUGGCACUGUGGACCCACGCCUCAGGCAUGCCCUGGGUACAUGCUGAGACAGCUCAGAGCUGCCCAAAGGGCCACCCUUCUUCCUGGCAGCGUGCUGGACACUGGCCAUUGGUGCCUGAGUUUGCCAGGCCGGGACAGGUCUGUCACCACCUCUCAGCUGUGGCACCUUGGAACCCACAGCGGCCUGGGGGCCUCUCUCCCUAGCACCCUUUUCUACCCGAGGCCCAGCCCCGUGAGAUGCUGCUCUCUGGGGACCCCAGGCCAGCAGGGGACCAGGUUCUGGGGCCCAGGAUGCAGGGUGCAGCCGCAGGCAGCUGGCCCAGCCCCUUCCUUGCAGCAUCUGCCCCCCACUCUGUGUUGAUGGAGAACGUCACAAGUUCCCAGUGUUUAACCAGGCAAGGUUGAGGGUAAGGUCAAGGCAAACAUUUGUGUCCCUCUCUUUCCCUGAAAUGCUUUUGACAGCCAGUGACCUAGAUGACAGGCGCACCUGUGCUUUCUGGGACAUUGUCUCUUUCUGUGUGUUGGGGGGGGGAGAAAUUGGAGUAUGGAGUUUCCCUGGGAGAGGCAGCCUCUCCCUGGAGAAAGGCCGUGCCCUGGUGGGGACCCUCCCUGUUCCCACCGCAGCUUCCCCUUCUAAGGGAUCCAAGAGAAUACGGGCGCGCCCCCUGGUGGCGGUGAGCUGCAAAGGCAUUUGAGGGGCUUCAAUCGGCCAAACACAGGUGAUUCCAGGGGGUGGGAGGCUGCAGAUGGUGGGCAGGUGUGAGUAAGGGGCUGCGAUCACCCCUGAGCCCUGGGCCUCCCGCCCAGGGUUCUCCAGGUGCCCCUCUUCCAGGCGAGCCCAGGGAUAACAAGGGAAUUAGCAUAAGGGCACUUUGACAAGGAGCCUUGCCCCCCCCAAUUUUUUUUUUAAAUAUCUGCAGAAUAAACCCAAUGGUUGAUUUUUGAAUGAAUAAAAGGCUUUUGUUGAAUA